GCUUAAACAUCAACUUGAUGCAAUUUUGGUCCUGGGCUAUGUGCAGAAUCGUUAAAAGUGUUUUUGAAUGAGUUUAAGCAAAAAACAGAUCAAAAUAUUUUUCCGAGCAGAUGCAAAGAUACUUUUUGGACUAAACACUUUCUAUUUUGUUCUAGGCGGCUAGCUAUGGCAAGAAGAACGGCAUAUGGUAUGCAGCUCCAGGCGGCCAAGGCUGGAGCAAAGCCACAAGCCGCAAAGCGUCUAUUGCAGAAGUAGACGCACCAACUGCUCAAGCAAUAGGGGGUGCAUCCAGCGCACCAAUCAAACCUAGCUCCGGAAGGGUCAUUAGGAUCAUCAAUAAUAUGGACCACACUAUACAGUGUCGUGUUCUUCUGAAUCUCCGAACAACGCAGCCAUUCGAAGAGGUGCUGGAAGACCUUGGUCAGGUUCUAAAGAUGAACGGUGCGAAACGUAUGUACACUGUCUCGGGUCAAGAAGUGCGCAGUUUUUCUCAACUACGCAAUGAAUUCGCUGAUGUAGAUACCUUUUAUUUGGGUGUUGGAACCGUUGGAAGUACAUUUUAUUCACAGACCCCAGCUGUUAUGCUAUCUCCGGUAAGAAGAGCGAGAUCUAGAGCACCUCAGACUGCCAUCGUUGAAGAUAUCAGCAAACAGCGCAGAGCAAGGAGUAAAAGUAGACCUAGGGCGUUAUAUGCUCCCGAAAAUGAAAUUGUUAGGACCAAUGUAGAUUAUACAUUACUGGAAGUGCUGAAAGAAGAGCCAGUUCGAGUGACAAUAAAAGGACUGCGAAGAACGUUCUACCCUCCAAUUCACCACGCACCAGCUGAUAAUACUCCACCUGAUAAGAAGCUGCAGCUAGAAUGGGUGUAUGGUUAUCGAGGAACAGACUCCAAAAAGAAUCUGUGGGUGUUACCAACAGGAGAACUUCUUUAUUUCGUAGCUGCUGUAGCUGUAAUGUAUGAUAGAGAUGAAGAAACUCAGAGGCAUUACGUAGGACAUACUGAAGACAUACAAUGUAUGGAUCUCCAUCCAUCUAGAGAAAUGGUAGCCUCAGGACAGAGAGCAGGAAGAAAUAGAAAGACUCAGGCUCAUAUCCGUAUUUGGAGCACAGAAACUCUGCAAACUCUGUAUGUCUUCGGUAUGGGAGAGUUUGAAGUAGGAGUUGCGGCUGUGGCUUUUUCGCAGUUGAAUGGUGGUAGUUACGUUUUGGCUGUUGACGGUGGCAGAGAAAGUAUACUGUCAGUCUGGCAGUGGCAGUGGGGACAUCUUUUGGGCAAAGUUGCUACAUUGCAAGAAGAGCUAACAGGGGCUGUCUUCCAUCCUCUAGAUGACAAUUUGAUGAUAACUCAUGGAAAAGGGCAUUUAACAUUCUGGAAUAGGAGGAAAGAUGGAUUUUUUGAAAGAACUGAUAUUAUAAAACCACCCUCGAGGACACUGAUAACCUCCCUCCAAUUCGAACAAGACGGUGACGUGAUAACUGCGGACAGCGACGGUUUCGUGACGGUGUACAGCGUCGAUGCAGAUGGCGCUUAUUUCGUGCGCACUGAAUACGAAGCCCACAAUAAAGGCGUUGGGGCACUGCUCAUGCUAGGCGAAGGCACCCUUCUCACGGGAGGUGAGAAGGAUAGAAGGAUAGCUGCCUGGGAUAGUCUACAGAAUUAUAAAAAGAUAACUGAUACUAAGCUUCCUGAUAUAUUUGGUGGUGUCAGGUCAAUCUAUCCCCAAAGACCAGGAAGAAAUGAUGGCAACAUUUACGUAGGAACUACCAGAAACAACAUACUGGAAGGUUCUCUUCAAAGGAGAUUCAACCAAGUGGUGUUCGGGCAUGGAAGACAGCUUUGGGGCUUGGCUGUUCAUCCCGAUGACGAAAUUUUCGCCACAGCUGGACACGAUAAAAAUAUUGCUCUUUGGAGAAAGAAUAAACUUAUAUGGGUCACUCAAGUUUCAUUUGAAUGUAUCGCGCUAAGCUUCCAUCCAUUUGGAGUAGCCUUGGCUGUGGGCAGUACAGAAGGACAUCUCAUAAUCAUCAAUUCUGAAACUGGCGUGGUCGUGAAUACGAUCAGAGUCUGUGGAUCACCACUGAAUUGUGUGGGCUUCAAUCCAUCUGGAGAGCUAAUAGCGAUAGCCUCCCAGAAUGGCAGUAUUUACUUAUUCAGAGUGAGCAGAGAUGGAUUUUCUUAUAAAAAGUCGAACAAAAUCAGAGGAUCUCAACCGUUGAUGCAGAUGGAUUGGAGCACUGACAGUAAUUUUAUGCAAACAGUUACUGCUGACUACGACCUUUCAUUCUGGGAUGUGAAGUCUCUGUCUCCAGAAAAAAGCCCAAUUGCGAUGAAAGAUGUGAAAUGGUACACUCACAAUUCAACUGUUGGGUUUAUGGUAGCAGGUAUUUGGAAUAAUAGAUUUUAUCCCAUGACGUCAAUUAUUAGUACUGCCAGCAGAUCCGCAGCUCACGAUCUCCUUAUUACUGGAGAUACUGAUGGAUAUCUAAGAUUAUUCAGGUAUCCAUGUCUAACCCCCAAAGCAGAAUACAAUGAAGAAAAAGUAUACAGCGGCACAGUGGCGUGCGCGCGUUUUUUGUUCAAUGAUCGUAACGUGGUGACCGUUGGUGGAACAGACGCUUCGCUGAUGCUUUGGCAGCUGACGGAGGAAUAGCGGCGGCCCACGACAGCCAGCGGGUACUGCCGUCUGCCCGGCAUAGGCGUUCGUCACAAGCACCGUCACAGAGCGUACCAUCCACGGUACUAUGAUUACGACGAUUCGGAGGAAGUAGAUUCUGACGAAGAAGUGGAUAACCUCACAUUUGAAGUGCUCAACCUACAUUAUUGAGUUACUCCAUUAUUUAAUCGGAGCAAGAGGAUCUUCCCAUUGGUGCAGCCAUUUUGGAGGCUGACUACAUUGUUUGACAGGUCUUUCCUGGACAAUUAAGCUACUGACGAAUCUUCUAGGUUCGAUAAGGACAACACGUUAUUCCUUUGAUGAGAAACAUAUUAGGUCAGGAUACCUACGAUUCGAGAGAAAAAAUUGUAAUAAAUUAUAUUACGGAGUCAUAUUCUUGAAGCUACACGGAGAGGUGCCUGGUCGAGAGAUUUAAAUUUUUUUGCUGGGUUAACUUUUUUUCAUUAAACGUCAAACUUAUAAAAAACGCUUAUUCGCGUAUGGAUUAUUGGUGUAAGUGGUCCAAUAGAUUUGUUGGAGGUGAAAAU